GCAUGAGGUUUUUGCGUUGAUUGUUCCUGACGUUGAAACAUAAACAAAAAAAUGCAACAAGAUUCUUCCAGUGAAAAUUUGGUAGAAGACAAUGCUCCAGUUAAAACUCCAGCAUCAAAAGUGUUUGAUAAAUUUGAAAAGGAUGAGUUUGCCUAUUUAAAGAAUACCGGAUUUUCCAGCGAAAUAUUCAAAAUUGAAAUAAAAAAUCUUCCCAAGUAUUAUGGUUUCGGAGAAAUUAAGAAACUAAUCAACACUACUUUAGGACUUGAAAGCAAUAAAAUUAAAGUCCCUAAGAAGAACUCGCCAUACGGUUUCAUAUGUUUUAAAAACGAUGAUGAUCGGCUGAAGGCUUUGACUGCUUUGAACGGUUAUAACUGGAAGGGAAAUAUAUUGAAAGCAAGUUUUGCGAAUCCAGCUCAUGAUCCUCUCAUUAAAAAGCGUAAACAAGAGGACAGCAAUAAUGGAAGUGACAGCAAAAAACCAAGAACGGUAGCAGAAGGCAGCGAACCUUUGGGACAUUUAGAAUAUCCAGAACAACUUUCCAUUAAACAAAAGAAAAUUGAGGACAAUCUUAAGCAGUUUAAAAUUGAUUUACGACGAGCAAACUCAAUUCAGAGAAAAAUGCCACAUGAUCAGAACAACGAUUUAAUUUGCGAAUUGAGAGAUAUCGUCCAAAGCCCAUUGACAGAAGCAUAUCGCAAUAAAUGCGAGUUUUCUAUUGGAAAAACUGUUGAUGGUGACAUUGAAGUUGGAAAUAGACUUUCUAGCUAUGCUUCUGGAUGUACAUCAGUUGCUAACGUAGCAGAACUUAAAUUACCAACUCCAAGAAUGAAGUUGGCGGCUCAAUUGGUGAAGCAGUUUGUAUUGGAGUCAGGUUUGGAACCUUUCAACGCAGAGAAUUAUACGGGAAUUUUUCGAAAUUUAACAAUUCGAGAAAGUCGACAAAAUGGUUUUAUGAUGAUUAUUGGAAUUCAUCCACAACAAAUGACAGAUGAGGAGAAGGAUAAAUUUCAAAAAGAUUUUGUAAGUUUCUUUGAAGUAGGAAAUGGUAAAGAUCUCAAUGUCACCUCAUUGUAUUAUGAAGAGAUACAAAAACGACAAAGUGGACAAGUUGGAAAUUUCAUUAAACAUAUUUUUGGUGACACUCACAUUUAUGAAUACAUUCAUGGAUUGAAAUUUCGUAUUUCUCCUUGCUCAUUCUUCCAAGCUAACACUGCUGCAGCAGAGAACCUCUACCAGUUAGCAAUAGAUUUGUCUCAGUCGAAGAAAGACUCGACUGUAUUAGAUAUCUGUUGUGGAACUGGCACAAUUGGCUUGUGCUUUGCCAAGCAUUGCAAGUGGGUGUAUGGAAUGGAAAUAAUUCCACAAGCUAUUGAAGAUGCGAAAGCUAAUGCAAGAGAGAAUGGAAUAACAAAUGCAACAUUUACUGCGGGAAAUGCUGAUGACUUAAUAUUCUCCAUGGUAAGAGAAGCAAACGUUGGAGCUGAUGAAGACAUAAUAGCAAUCGUUGAUCCACCUCGAGCUGGUCUUCAAACCAAAUCAAUUCAACAAUUGAGAAAUUCUGAGAAAAUUAAGCGUCUUGUUUAUAUAUCAUGUUCACCGUCUCAAGCAUUGAAGAAUUUCGUCGAUUUAUGUAAAAAUUGUUCAAAGACAAUGAAAGGAAAUCCAUUUGUUCCAAAAGUAGCAGUACCAGUUGACUUAUUUCCAAACACUCCGCAUUGUGAACUUGUUGUUCUUUUUGAAAGAUAAUUAUGUUGAAAAAUUAUUAUUGACUAAAUAAAAUGAGAAUUAAAAAUUAAAUUGCAAUAA